UAUAAGCAAGGUAUCGUCGCUGCAAUUGCAUAUGCAUAGAUCAGAACGCAUCAGAAUGUUAAUUUUGCGGAUAUUAGGGGUUUUAGCACACUUUUCAUUUUGUGUUACACAAACACCAGUAUAUGUGAACACAAAAGUUGGAAAUAUCAUGGGAUUUCAGGAACACAUUUCUCUUGACGGAGAACAGAAAUUAAUUUCUAAAUUUCUUGGAAUUCCAUUCGCAGAAUCGACAGGAGGACAAAAUAGGUUUAGAAAACCAGUUCCGAAAGCUCCAUUUAAAGGAACGUUUGACGCAAGUAAAGACCCAGCGUCUUGUUAUCCGCAAUCUGAACAGGAUACUGCCUUAUCCAAAAAUGAAUAUGGCAUAUCUUAUUUCUCCGAGGACUGUCUGACACUGAACAUAUAUGUUCCACAUGAGCUUCGAGCCAAUGACUUGCGACCAGUGAUGAUAUGGGUUUUUGGUGGAGGUUUUACCCAGGGGACGGCAGUGUCAUACAAACCUGAAGCGCUCGCAUUAUUUGGAGACGUUAUCGUCGUAACCAUUAACUACCGGAUAGGUAUGUUUGGUUUUCUACGAGACCCAAAAGGAGUUUUUCCAGGAAACCAGGGUCUCUGGGAUCAGCAUCUUGCUUUCAAGUGGGUACAUAAUCAUAUUGAAAAUUUCUUUGGAUACAAGGAUGAAAUUACAAUAUUCGGCGAAUCCGCGGGAGCGGCUUCUGUGAUAUUUCAGGCUUUAUAUCCGGAAAAUGAGGGGUUAUUCAAAAGAGUAAUCGCAGAGAGUGGAUCCGCAGUUGCAUCUUGGGCUAUACAAAAAGUGUCAAGUUUCGAAAAAUACUUCUACGACAAAAAAUGUGAUCCUAAUUCGAAUACAUUAGCUUUAUGUCUGCAAACAAAGACACCAAUAUCACUACAAUCUAAUGUUACCAGCUUUGGUCCUGUUAUAGACGGUGAUUUUGUAAUCGCCUCUCCCAUCGACAUUGUCAACGGCAAUUCUACAAACACCGCUAGAGCUAGAAACUUCUUUGCUUCUUUGGACAUAAUUGUAGGUGUCAAUGACAAAGAUGGCGCUUUAAUAUUUGGUGAAUUUCAAUAUGCACUUAACCACUCUACUCUUGAUUUUAAUAUAACGAAAGAGGAAUUCAGAAAUACAGUUGUUCCAUUUAUUGUUGAUCAAACUCUUUUCCCAGAAGACAAUGAAACAAAAGUCGCAUUUGAGAAGGUUUUGACAUUUUCUUACACCGACUGGAAUAAUCCGGAUAAUUACGUCAGUAUAUGGCAACAUGUUACAGAUAUGAGUAACGACGCUACGUUCUUUUCACCGGCUUCUCAGACAGUAAAUGCACAUGUUAGAUUUAACGUUGGAAAGACGUACCUGUACGAAUUUGCCGUUCAAACAAGUUCAAAUUUUAUACCCUUACCUUCAUGGAUGAAAGGAUCUAAUCAUGCCGACGAUUUACAUUUUAUCUUUGGUUUUCCGUUGCGUGCAAACAUAUCAGUGUUUGGUUCCAGCAAUUACAAUUAUAGCUUGGCGGAAAAACAUGCCAGUUAUGCAAUAAUGGCGAUGUGGUCUAACUUUGCCAAAUCAGGAAACCCAAACCUACCAAUGGAUAUCACAAAAUUCACAAACACCACGUGGCCAGCGUAUGAUAUGACGUCACAGCGUUAUUUCCGGAUAUCCGAUCAGAUGUCUCCUGCAUCAAUCAUCGAGGGAUUCUAUCCAAAGAGAAUGGCAUUAUGGUCUGACCUAAUUCCAGAAAUAAGAAGACAACAUUCUCCUUACAAAAACCAACCAGACAUUUUCCAUUUUGAUCCGUCUACAGAGUUUGUUGGAUAAAUAAAACAAAGAAAAACGAAAUAUCUGCCAGUUUACAUUUUAAAGUUCUUGUUUUCGCACCAAAAGCUUUUGAUAUUCUAUUUACAUGUAAGAAUAUCGCUGCAUUAAAUCGGAGAAAAGUUUUGCAAAAAAAAAAAAAAAAAAAAAAAAAAGAACUUUAAAGUGACAAAAGGAAUUUCUUUUCUUAUUUCCAAAUAUCUCCCUUCCAAAUAAAAAUUAAAGAAAUAUUAUAAGAAGAAAUAAUUCCACACCACCCCCUUCCAGGGCAUUGAUAUGAAUCAUGUUUAAGAAAUAGCUUGCCUAGACAGAAUAUCCUGUGUCUGGAUACGAGAAAAUUUACAUUUAAUGGUAACCUACUACAUGAAUUAUUAGAUGUACAUAUUUUGGUUGCUUCCACAUUAUCAUACUGAACAAUGUCCUUAUAUAUUGACAUGAGGUGAUUAUAUGUGACUUUAAGGUACAUAGAAGAGUGAUAAUCGCGUCACAAAAACAAUGGUACAUACUCGGACAAUCGCAUCUUCUGACGCACAAGCGAGGCUGCAAUGCCUCACCCCUGUUACUAGAGGACGUGAGUGCACAAGUCUUCAUGCCUAUGUCACUACAUCAAAUUCGUCAUCGGUGACAUUCUCUCAAAAACGUCGUUUCGUCGACGCCAACAAAACAUUGUACAUAGUCUUCUAUUGACUUUCAUACAUCAGCUGUCAACAAAUACUGUUCUACCUUUAAAAUGUGGAAUUUAAGAAUAGAACAUUAAAUGCAGAAAUCAU